CAUGUAAACACUGGAGCACAGUGCACAAUGGCUUCUUCGACUUGUGGAUAUCGUCAGUUUCAGUCUCGUCAACUUAUAUUGUUUUGUGUUAUUAUUAACUGUGUUUCUAGCCUAACUAUAGAUUAUCUCCCCACUGUUUGCAAUGGCAAAGCUUCAACAACCACAAGUCUCUGGCUGGAAAGCAGUACUGCUCUGACGUACACCAAUGACGUCAGCUGUACGUAUGAGAUCACAGUGACGGCCGGGAAGCAGGUUCUAGCCCUUUUCCAGCGCUUUGAAUUAGAGAACAAACUCGGUGGUGCAUGCGUGGAUUACGUUGAACUGUACGAAGGCAGUGGGGUGAGUGGUACGAAGCUGACGUCUGAACGGCUCUGUGGGAAAUCCCUACCCGUGAAUCAUACGUCAUCAGGAAACGCCAUGAUGCUCUACUUCAAGACCGACAACUCUGGAACAUUUAGAGGCUUCAGUUUGCUGUUUGUGGAAAUCAACCCAGCGCCGUGCGGUACGAGUCAGUUCCGGUGUAACAACAGUUUGUGUAUUUCCGCCAGUCUCCGGUGUGACAACUACAACCAUUGUGGAGACGACAGCGAUGAGGCGGACUGUGCAGAAACCGAAACGGAGCAGCUGACGAAGGACAACACGGCAUUAAUCCUGGGAGCCACGUUCGGCAGUCUGGCGUUUGUGCUGCUCGUCACGGGUGUUGCGUACUACGUGUACAACAGAAACAAGUGGCGCAGGUUCCUCGCCGACCACUGGGAGGAUGAAGGGGCCGUGGACACGGGUCUGUCUUACCCGGUCACGGAUAGGUACUUCAAGGGAAGACGAGGCCACCCAAAAUAUGACAAACUUCAGGAUGGAGUCGCAGAAAACAUUCAAAAUUCUCAGACAGAGCAGACCGUACCACCCGUUCUCGUUUCAUCAUCACCGUCGUAGGUGAAGCAAUUAACACCAUGAAGAACAAAAUCUGACUGCACCCCCGGGAAGUAGGGAGGUAUCCCCCAGAACGGCCGUUCAUGAGAAUUCGGUGGAUGUGAACAUGUAUGAAAUGUAUGAUUUCAUUGGAAAGGAUUUUAUACUUCUGUAUUUAUUUCUUAUUUUAUCAGAGUGGUACCUAGCAUAAAUAAAUCCCUUAUCAGAGUCGUAUCUAGCAGGGCGUAGUAUGCUCCCCUCCCCACUGUCGUGAACACAUUUGACGGGAUAUUUUGAGGAGGUUUGACACCUUAUAGCCGCUGUUUUUGUGCUACGGUCUAGUAGUACGUGUUUAUUGUUGGUAUUCCAAGAUUAAUCUCCAUGCCAAAAUUUAAAAAAAACGGUUUAUAAUGUUUGUAACUUUUUAUCAUAAAAAGGAGAUAUACAGUCGUGUGUCAAUUUGUACAAAGUUAAAGUUGUUUGGUUUCACCACACCACUAGAGCACAUUGAUUGAUUGAUCACGGCCAUUGGAUGUCAAAGGAAAUAUGCUACAUUUUCCCCAUUGUUAGCAAGGGAUCUUUUAUGUGCACCAUACCAGAAAGGAUAGCAUAUACCACGGUCUUUGAUGUACCAGUGGUGGUGCGUUAAACAUUAAUUAAUUUAUUCAUUCAUAUUUAGAGGAAUUACCCAAGUCUGGUUGCUAUUUUCUUGUUAGACAAAAUGACACAUUGGCAUCUAUAAUGGGCACCUUAUUUUUUGGAGGUAGGUGGGGGCUAUACCUCCCCGUGUACACCCUGCUAUAUACGGCACUGAUCAACUCAUGAUUUGGAAGACCAAAAUGAGAUAAGGGCCCGUGCUUAUAAAACUUUAGAGUCCAAACACAAUCUGUAAUGACGUCACACGCAUACCAUUUGUAUGGCGUUGCCAUGACAUUAGCGCCUCCGACUCUAUUAGAGUCUCGAGUCUAGACUAAGUAAAAGUUGUAUAAGCACCAGGCCUGAUUACACAUAUUACAUUAAUCAUAUUCAUAACAGGGACGUGAUAAUACAAAUAGAUUUUUAUUACUGAAGAAUGAUUUUGCUUUGAUGAGUAAAAACAUUGGUUUUGUAACUAAUUAACGUCGCUUGGCACCUAGUAGCUGAGGCACUGUUUGGGUUUGGGUGUCGUUAAAUAUUCAUUCAUUCGCUCACGUUGUACGUUUUUAUUUUUUUGCCGAAACGUGCCUUGAAUUUAUACAAAUGAUUUUUGAUAAACUGAAAUUAAAUAAUAUGAAGCUGUACUGGGAAAUGUACUUAGAACUACGUAUUACUGUAUCAGGCCAAACAAAAUAUAUUGCUGGUCUCUGGUCAGCUCUCGUUCAGUUUUAAAAUUUACCUCGGCAGUUAUAACAGCGUCAUCUAUAUGAACAAUAAUGCCGCGCCAGCUACCAAAAAAUACAUAGAACCGUGGGUCCAAAUAAGGUUAUUUUUGGGGUCAGUGUCGAAGUCAUUAAAGUUACCUUGGCUAUGUAGAAAUUGUGAUGGGAAGCAUUUAGGGUACACAAUUAAAUGGGGGUGGGGGGGGGGGGGGGGGGUACCAUGACCACUGAGGAGGGACAAAGAAAACUGAUACCCACUUUUUAUGUUCAAUUCAUGCAUUUAAAAAAAACCCAAAACAAAACAAAACAAACAAAAAAAGCAACAAAGAAACAACGAAUUAAAAAACAACGCAUCCCCACAUGGAUUUUGACCAGAGACUGACUAUUUUGUAGCCAUUUUCUUUUUUGUUGUUUUCUUUUUGUUUUUGUGGGGGGAUUUUUGUGUUUUAUGUUUUGUGUUAUAUUUGUGUGGGUGUGUUAAGUUAAGUAUUAUAUAUAUAUAUAUAUAC